AUGGUUUCGUCUCAGGAUUCGAUCCAGCCUAAGUCUUCGGAAGUGAUGGUUUCAAACCUAACUCCGGCAGAUGGAAUUCGUUCCCAAUUGAACCCAAUUACAUCAGCCCUCGCCUUUGAAUUGGACUUCUUUCGCCCGGCCUAUGCUUUGGCAAAGGAAGCUCUCGGGGUUGCUAUUCUUUCUAAGUGGGCUUUCUCUUCCUAUUCCCUCGGACCUGUUCUUGAGAUGUUAGCUCUUUCGCGAAUUCUUAUUUCUUCCAAUUAUGUUCUCGUACAUCCUGGUUUUGGCCUAAAACCUGCUAAAGCAACAAGAAGCUUAAUCCAGGGGAUUAGGCAAGGAGUAAGGGAAGAUCGAAAGGUGAUCCUCGGCGCAUAUCCUUCUACCUAUGAGCAGUCCGAACAGGCUUUCAUGGUUGGCUUACUAGGGAACCCUUUUUACCAGGCUUACACCCCUCUCUACAACCACUAUAUAUUCUUUCUUUUGGGAAUAGAUCCCACGCACUCUCACAGGAUAUCUAUCAAUACCGGAUAA